AUGGAUCGUUUAAUUCCCGAGAUACUUGAGAAAAUAUUUAAGUAUAUUUAUGAUCCAAAUGAAGACCGUUUUUAUACGGAAGAUCGAACUUGCCUUCAUUCGUGUUUAUUAGUAAACAGAUAUUGGUGUAAAGUAUCUGUUCCAAUCCUUUGGAAAUGGGUAUUAAAUGAUUACGGAAAUAUAUACGAACGACAAGCCAAAGUUUACACGCUUCUCAAGUGUUGCGAUGAGAAUUCUCGUCUUAAUUUGAUUGACAACGGCAUAGAUCUUCCCUUCUCCAUUAUGGAAGUUCCGAUCUUUCAAUACGCUUCGUUCAUUGAGAUUUUGGAUUACGGUAAAUUAGUCAAUUCGAUUAGCGAGUGGUUAGAAACAUUACCACAAUUACCCGCGGAAAGUUUAACCUUGGUUCUAAGAGCAACGUUGAAAUUGUUCGUUAAAGAAUCUAAAAUAACCAGUUUUCAAGCCUGGCCUUUGAGAUUUCCCACCGAUUUGAUUCAUUUAAUAUUGGUUGAAAAGGGGAUUGAAAAUUUAUUUUUAAAUGUUAGAAACUUACUCAUCAACACUCAUGUUAGGUGUGAUAGAUGGUUAUCGGCUCCAGUAAAGGUUUGCAGAAAAAUUGAAAAGUUGACUAUAAGCAUACCGGGACAAGCAAUUCCAUAUUUGGGUUCAAAGUCAUUCACGGAACCUUCACCUUAUUACAUGAAGGAAUCCUCUCAAAUGUCCUCACUCAUCCAACAUCAGAAAUCACUUCAAAAGCUUAAACUCAAUGAGGGUUUGGGAUUCUCCGUUAUAAUCAAUACGUCAUUGCCUUCCGUAAAAGAUUCCCUUACGAAACUUUCAUUUAAAUCCGUGGAUUUUGGUGGAUGUGAUCCAUGGUAUGGGAUAUGCACUUUGCAUAUGUUGGAGGUGUUUAAAUGUAAGAAUUGUAAAGGGUUGACCGUGAAGAUGAUAGAACCGCUGGUAAAUUGUACUAAUGAUGAAUUUAAGAGGGUCAAAAGGAUGGCUUUGGAUUGGAAUACCGAUGAGGCCAUCAAUGCAAAAGAAGAAGUCGAGGCCAAAAAGCUAGUAGAAGAACUAAAAUCUUCACUUGAAAAGAUUUCAGAUGAUAUCGUUGAUUCGCCUUUUAACGAUGAUGAUUCAAAUUCUUCAUCUUCCAACAGAGAUGAUUCAACUUUUGACGGUGGUUGUGGUACAUUCGGAGUCAUUCAAGAGAUCAAAGAAUUUAUUGAUGACUCAACUGACGUAACUGACGUAUCUGACGUAAUAACAACAGUAGAGCAGGGCAAAAAUGAAGAAGGGAACUUUGAGGUUAAUGCGACGGAUAAGAAAGAUGAAAUAGGAGAAUCAAGCAUUAAAGAAAAUAUCAACAAGGUCGCUCGUUUAAAUGUGAUUGGAGAACACAAUAAAGUCAAUAACAUCAACGUUGCAAAAGACACCAAUACGGCCUUGUGCGCAGAUUUUACUGGUAUUUACAACGAAAGAGGUAACACUACAAUAACGGGCAACAACAAGUCGUUUUUAUGCUCAAAAAUGACUGGGAUACACAAUGAAAUCGGAAAUUAUACAGAAACGAAGGAUAACACGUCGAAAUUAUGCUCAAACAUAUCUGGGGUACACAAUAGAGAACAGAACACUACAAAAACGGGAAACAACAAGUCAACUCUAUGCUCAGACAUAACUCUGAUUCGCAACGAAUUCAAGAACACUACAAUAACGGGAGACAACGAUUCGACUUUAUGUUCAAACAUAUCUGGGAUGCAUAACGAAAUUCAAAACUCAACUAAAUCAGGGGACAGCAAAUCUAAAUUAUGCUCAAAUAUCACUUUAAUGCACAAUGAAGUCGGGACCAUAAAAAAAACAAAAAACAGCAAGUCGACUUUAUGCUCAGAAGUAACUGAGUUACAUAACGAAAUCGGGAACAUUAAAGAAUCGGGGGACAGUGAGGCGACCCUAUGCUCAAGAGUAACUGGGAUGCACAACAAAAUUUUGAAUUUUACAAGCUCGGGGGACCAAAAAUCGAAAGGAUGUUCAGAUGUAACUCUCGUUAAGAAUGAAUUUUUAAAUUUCGAAAAAAAAGGAAAGCAGUCUAGCAAAGUUACCUUUAGCGGAGCUGGGACUGGUGCUAGUGCUUUAAACGUGCGCGUGAGCGACCCAUCAUUUGGUUUUGAUUUUGGUGUUAGUGGACAAGCUUCUUUUUUAAAUGUAGAUAUUGGAACCCGUUUUCAGCUUGGUUUAGGAUUUGGCUUAGGUAUCGGGAUACCAUUCCUCGACAACCGAAAUAAAUGUGGCGAUGAAAAAGGUGGUUCUGGAGAUGGAACUGAAGGUGGUGGCGAUGAGGGAGGUUCCGGAGGUGGUUCAGGAGGAGAUUAUAAUGGAUACGAUAAUGACAUUCCUUAUGAACGAAACCAAGGUGAUGAAACGGACGGUGGAGAUCAUUUUGGAGAAAAUGCCAAUGGUAACGAUAAUAACGGUCCUUAUGAACGAAACCAAGGCGGUGAAAGGGGUAGUGGAGGCCAUUUUGGAGGGGAUUUCAAUGGAUACGAUAAUAAUAACAGUCCCGAUGAACGAAAUCAAGGUGGUGGAGGUUAUUUUGGAGGGGAUUUCAAUGGGUACGAUAAUAGCAGUCCAUAUGAUCGAAACCAAGGUGGCGAAAGGGGCAAUGGAGAUCAUUUUGGAAGGGAUUCCAAUGUAUACGAUAAUAACAAUUCUUAUGAACGAAUCCAAGGUGGCAGUGGAGGCACUUUUGGAGGUUAUAAUAAUGAAUACGAUAAUACCGAUUCUUUUGAACAAGGUAGAGGCGGUUUCAGUGACAAUGAAGAUCAUGAUACACGAAAUGAAAGCGGAUAUAAUGAACAAAAUGAGGGUACUUUAAGUGAUGGUUAUGAUCACUAUUUAAUUGCAUCAAAUGGAAGUCGUUCGAUUUAUAGCAACGGAGGAAGUACUGGAAAUCAAGACGCUAAUAGUAAUAAUGUUGGUAAUGAACAAAGCAAUGUACACUCACUCCCCAAUAAUUCUCCUUACUCAUAUGACAUCAAUCAAAAUCCUACGCAAAAGGUACAUGGAAGUCAAAAUUUUACCGGAACUGGCUCGCAUGCAAAUAAUGUCACAAAUAGUACAGUCAGCACAAAUAAAACAAGCGGUGGCGUCACGAAAGGAGGGAAUAACACAACCAGCACAAAAAUAGCAAGCAGUGUUGAUAAUAAUAAUAACGAAAAUACUGAAUCCCCCUUAUCUUCUAUUUUUGGCAAUGAAAAUGGAGUUAAAAACUCACAACAAAAACAAACACCAUUUCAGCGAGAAUUAGAAAAUACUUUUCGCCAAAGUCCACGUUUACUCACGGCAUUCCGUACCUCACUAUCUUCCAAUUCUACGUCUGAUAGCUCCAACUCAUCUUCUAAUCAAGCCAAUAAGACAUCAGAUUCCAACUCUAAACCUUCCAUUAAAGAGAUUGACAUUCGCGAACGCAUCAAAUUGCGCGUUCGUCAAACUGAAGAAGCUGCUAAACGAAAAAAACAAUCCCAAGAAGAGGGUUGGAACUCCACCAUCAAUUCCACUUCUGGUGACUCUAAAAGUUCAAUUGCAGAUAACCCAACGUCGCAGAAAAAACUAGAUGAUGAGGAUGAAGAAGAUUCGGAAGCCCCAAAACCAUGCAAAAAUCACUCCCCCAGCGUUCGUUGCUUUCGUUGUUUGGUGGGUGCUAAAGGGAAGAAAGUGAAACGAGUCAGUGGGAACGUAUAUGGAUUUUCUAAUUAA